CGAUCAGAAAAUAGCACCGUGUCGCUCGCCGUAGAAACGGAAACUCGCCGCAGCGCUUUUCAGGAACCCGUCAAUACACAGAAUCGUGAUUAAAUCAGGUUUCAGUGUCCAUGUGAACGCUUCAGUAGCUUAUCGGUGCUGUCGGUGUUAACGGGGCUGCUGUGAACCAGUUUGCGCUUCGCCAGGUUUGGAGCUGCGCGGCCGCCGUACAGCAGACAACAUGGUGCUGGAGAAGAAAGGCUCCGCCCGGGUGGAGGCCGGUCAGCGCAGAGUUCUGGACGAGGCCACCCGUCAGAGGAGACUGACCCGGCAGCUGGAGGCGCUGGAGAAGGACAACUUCCAGGACGACCCCUUGUCCUCGCUGCCUCCCCCAGGUCCUACUGCCCGCCUUCCGGCCUUCAGCGAGACAGAAGAACCAGAGAAGAAGAAGAGGAAGACGAGGGGCGACCACUUCAAACAGCGUUUCAGGAAAAACUUCACCACUCUGCUGGAGGAGGAGAACCUGUCUGAGAAACCGGAGCCGAACUACCUGUCGGCGGUGGCCCCGCCCUCCUCGCUGCCGCCCCGACACUUCUGCUGCGUCUGCGGCUUCCCGUCGCAUUACACCUGCACCACCUGUGGGGGGCGCUACUGCAGCAGCAGGUGUCUGUGCACCCACAGGGAAACCAGGUGUCUCAAGUGGACGCUGUGAUGGCCGCCGACUCGUCACCACGGCAACGGAGGCGAUGGGAGCGACGGCGAUGCUUGUCUGCUGCUGUUCAUGACAUUCUACCGCUGCGUCUACCUGGACAGGUGGAAGCAGGAAGACCUGGACAGGUGGACAGUGGACUCUCCAGCAGCACGUUAGCUUAGCUUAGCAUAAAGAGCUGCUAACCAAGGCAAACAGUCCUCAGGGACCCAUCGAGGUUUGGACAUUUGGACUUUUUGGUCAUUUCUUUAUUAUUUUGGACGUUUUUUUGACGUUGGAUGAGUGUCACAUCAUCCUGAAUGAGUUUCUGUUAUUCUAGACAAACUCUGAGUCGUUUUCAACCAUUUUUGACUCUUUCUGGACCCAUUUUUAUUAUUUCUGGAAGGUUCUGAGUCAUUUUUGACAUGUUCAGUGAUUGUGGACAAUUUUAUGUCGUUUUGUACAAAUUCUGGGUCACUUUGAACUAUUUUUGACUAAUUUUGGUCAAACUCUCCAGAGUUGUGUCUCCCAGACUUCUGCUGUAAAUGAGAAGCUCCAGCUUAGCUUAGCAUAAGUAGCUGUGGCUAACGGCUGGCCUAGCUCAGCUCCCUGGUUUUCAGUUCUGUUUGUUUCAGAGUUGAGAUGUUUGAGCUGCUGUCUUCAUUAAAUGUGCUUCAGAAGAA